AUGAUAGCAAGAGCAGUACCGGGUCGAUCCGGGAAAUCCUGCAGGUUACGAUGGUGUAAUCAGCUGUCACCGGAGGUAGAGCACCGGGCUUUUACACUCGAAGAAGACGAGAUCAUCGUCAAUGCUCAUGUCAAGUAUGGUAAUAAAUGGGCUACCAUAGCAAGACUCCUUGAUGGACGUACGGAUAACGCGAUCAAGAAUCAUUGGAACUCCACGUUAAAGAGGAAAUACGCGGACUUGAUUGAGAAUGGUGGAACGGUUAAUGAAGAAGAAGUGAAGGAGAAAUCUGCUAAAACGAUGUCGUGGUCUUCGGUUCACGAGAGGGCUAGUACUCCUUUGGGAUCUGACGUCAGCGAUGCAGGGUUACAGGUGACGUCAUCGUUUCUGGUACAAGAAAACGUGCCAGUUGUUGAAACUGGGAUUAGUAACAAUGCUGUCGUUUCGACUGAACUUACGUUGUCUAUUCCGGGGACGGAGUCUGGACAGUUGGGGAGAGAUGGGGUAGGUACUAAAGAAUUGUUAAUGGGAGAUGUUGACAAAACGAUGACGUUUGCGCCGGAGUUGUUAGCAGUUAUGCAGGGGAUGAUUAGAGACGAAGUGAGGAAUUUUAUGGUUGGGAUUGGGAAGAAAAGUGGUAAGGAUUAA